AUGAAGAACAUUCUGACAUCCUCAUCAGUUGUAGCAUUCCGUUACUCCGAUGGUAUAAUUCUUUCCUCGGACACAUCACUGAACUAUGGCUCGUUUAAAAUGAACAGAGGAGUAGAAAAGCACUACUUUCUCUCCAACAACACGGUAAUGAUAGCACGAGGUGAAUACUCCGAUUUUCAGGAACUAAAGAAAAUAUGUGAUGAGGAAAUGGAGUACGAUGAAAAGAUGGGAACAAGAGAAUGGAUAAGGUUCAUUCAGCGCACAAUGUAUUAUAAGAGAACACGGAUAGAGCCGUUGAACCUGAGCAUAAUUGUUGCUGGGUACGAUGAGCGCAACGAAAAACCUGCGAAGGAGAUCAACAGCAUGGAGCAUUUUGGUCAGAAGCUUGUGUUUGGUGCGAUUGAUAAUAUUGGCAACUUUUACACCGAUGAUGUUCUUGCAUGCGGAAUCGCAUCCCAUAUGGCGCUGCCAUACGUAAGAGGCCAUGAUGCGAUGAGCUUAGAUCGUGCUGGUGCUACAAAGCUGAUGAAGGAGACGAUGCAAACCCUGUAUUACAGGGAUUGUAUGGCAGACAACCAUGUCAAGAUUCUGGGUGUAGAGAGGGAUGGAAUAUGGGAGAAUGAGGAAAUAGUUUUGAACGGUAACUGGGAGGAUGGCAGGUACUUUUAAUAAAAAGGUGC